AUGGAGGGCGGGAGAUUGCCGGGUCAUGUACUGAGUCAACUCGGCUGGAAUAACCACGCAUCCAUGCCUUCAGUGGGAAUGAGACGGAGUACGAGGGUGUUCGGGACGAGGGUAUUGUGGUCAGGAAGGAGGGUCCGUAGGGGAUCUCAAGAGGGCGGGAAGUGCACACGAACGAUCAAUGGGGAUGAUGAGUGGAUUGAGCUUGUGGACAAUUCCGGGGGCAGUGGAAGGGAUUUCGGUAGCCCUCACAAGGGAAGCACAUUGGAUGAAAAGGAAAAUCGAAACAGAAAAAGAAAUGAUCUCACUGUGGAAAUGAAUGCGAAAGAAAUAGAAAUACGGGAGGGUGAGGGCGCUGUUGAGGAAACAAAUGAGGACAGGAUGUAUGGAAUUGUGUAUAGUAGAAAGAGAAAGAGGAUGGAGUCGAAAACUACUGGCAUUUCAGAGGACAUGAGGUUUGGCAAGAAUUAUGCAAGGAAAAAGUGGAGGAAGAAAGCUGAAACAAGUGAAUUACGAGUUUAUACUAGGUGUAGAAAACUUGCUGUUGUUCUUGAGUCUUCUGGUGAUAGUGAUUAUUGGAUUGCUUGUUUCUUGAACACAGCAUUGAGAUACCUGCGGAGGGUUAAGUUUGGACUGCGGUGGCUCUCUGCUUUUGUAUUCUCUGAGCCCAUUUUCCAUGCUUUUUCUCUACAUGGUAUUCAAUUUCUGAAGGAUCCUACUUCAUGCCAAAAACAUGGAUUUUGCAUAAUUUCGGAAUCCAGGAUGGCUGAGAAACUGACAGAUUAUGAUAAGGAACAAUACUCUGACAUUCCUUCUGGGAGAGAUCAACCCGAUUGCAAUAUGGUGUCAUGUGAGAUUGACGAUUCUGGGAGGAGGGAGUUAUCACAUUCAAUUGUUGGAUUUUCUGAAUCGCCUAUUCAAAAUAAUCGAUUAAGAAUGGGUCAUGUUACUCAGAAACGGAGAACUUCUCUGAGGCUCAGAAGAGGUAGGCCUCCUUCAAUUUUUCGUGCACAGAGAGGUAGACAUGAUGGUUUCCAAUCCUCAGCUAUACCAACCAGCCAUGUUUCUAUAAAGGGCACUUCCACCAUAAAUAGAAAAAAUAUAAAAUCUACUCUGGUGGUGUUGACACAAGAAGAUAUAGAUGCUAGUAGUUGUUCUGCUAAUGUAUUAGUUGUUGAAACGGACAAAUGUUAUAGGGAAAAAGGAGUCAUCAUUACCUUGGAAGUAUCUGCUUCGAAACACUGGUUUCUCGCAGUUAAGAAGGACGGGAUAGAGCGAUAUAGUCUCACUGCGCAAAAAUUUAUGAGGCCAUCUAGUUUCAAUCGUGUCACUCAUGCUACAAUAUGGAGUGGGGAGAGUAAUUGGAAGCUCGAGUUUCCUUGUAAACAAGAUUGGUCGAUUUUCAAGGAACUUUACAAGAAAUGCUAUGAUCACAAUGUACAAGUACCCGCGACAAGUGUCAUUCCCGUUCCUGGGGUACGUGAGGUAUUGGACCCUCCAUAUACCAACACCCCAUAUGUCAUACCCAAUUCUUAUAUCACCGUAAGAGAUGAUGAACUAGCUAGGGCUUUGGAUAAGAGGACUGCCAAUUAUGACAUGGAUUCUGAGGAUGAGGAGUGGCUGAACAAGUUCAAUACUGAAUUCAAUGUAGAAAAAGAGCUUCAUAACCGUGUCACACCUGAGAGAUUCGAGUUGAUAAUUGAUGCACUUGAAAGACGUUUUCACAGUAAUGCAGAUGAUUGGUCUAAUGAGAAAGUGGUUGAUAGUGUACAAAUGGAUCAAGAAAGAAAGGAAGUUGUGGAGGCUGUACAUAGAUAUUGGAUUCAGAAGAGAAAGCGAAAACAUUCAGCCUUAGUAAGGAUUUUCCAGCUUUACCAGCCUAAAAGAACUCAAAUGAUCCCAAAGUCUGUUUUGCGGAAGAAAAGAUCAUUCAAACGACAUGGAAGUCAAGCUGGGAGGGGCAAACAACCACCUUCUUUGCAAGCAACAGCCGAACUAGAUGCUUUGGAGCAGCAGAAAAACUUCUUCAAAGUGCAAGAAGCUAAAGUGCAGGAGGCUAAAGCUGCAGCAAACAGAUUCGAAGGGUUUGCUAUUCUAAAACGCCAACGUGCCCAGACACUCAUUGAAAAUGCUGACCUGGUGACUUACAAAGCCAUGAUGGCACUUAGAAUUGCUGAAACUACCCGAAGUACUGUGUCUCAGAGCGAUAUUACACCAGUUUCUCUUCAUUAA